ACAAACUAAAAACUUUGAUAUAAAACCUAGCUACACUCACAAAGUUUUUGAGAAAUCUCAUGCAGCUUUCACAAAGAAGAGAGGUUUCGAAGUAUAAUUAAGAACUGUUUCUGUCUUAAUCUGAUUCCAUUUUCUUAUAUAAUAAUUCUCUCUUCAUUUCUCCCAUUCCAACCAACUUAAUUAAUUCUUCUUCUUCUUCUUCUUCCUCGUCUUUUCGUUAUAUUUUAAGUUUCUCGACCCGAAUUAUCCGACAUGGCGGCGCUAGAGCAACAUUCCGGGGUUGAAUUCGACGACCACUUUCCGUCCAUGAUGGAGCGAAUGGGAGCUGAGGGAUUCAUUAUGGAGUUAUGCAACGGUUUUCGAAUGCUGAUGGAUGGUGAGAAAGGUUUGAUCACUUUUGAAAGCUUGAAAAGAAACAGUAGUUUGUUGGGUCUGAAUAAUAUGAGAGAUGAUGAACUUGUUUGCAUGUUAAUGGAAGGUGAUUUGGAUGGAGAUGGUGCUAUUAAACAGAUGGAAUUUUGUAUUCUCAUGAUUAGACUUAGUUCUGGGUUGAUGAUCGCACCAAAACAAUGGAUGGAUUAUGGAUGCUGAAUUGAAGUAUUAAUAGUUUAUGUUAAAUUAAUUAGCAUCAUCAUUAUCUUGUAAUGAAUAUUUCAUGUUCUCUUUUAUCUUGUUUCAGCAUUAAAAUAAGUAACAUGUUUAUAAAUUAA